CAGGAAGUGAGGCAGCGCAGCGCAGCGCCGGCCCCGCAGCCAUGGCAGCCGACGAGAGGGAUUACAACCUGACCGCGGAGCAGAAGGCGAUCAAAGCCAAGUACCCCCCGCUCAAUAAGAAGUACGAGUAUUUGGACCACACAGCAGAUGUGCAGCUCCAUGCUUGGGGAGAUACUUUGGAGGAAGCCUUUGAGCAGUGUGUGAUGGCCAUGUUUGGCUACAUGACUGACACAGAGACUGUGGAACCUGUGGAUACAGUGGAAGUAGAGGCAGAAGGACAUGACAUGUUGUCUCUUCUCUUCCACCUCUUGGAUGAAUGGCUGUAUAAAUUCAGUGCUAAUGAGUUCUUUAUACCCAGGGAGGUGAAAGUGCUUCACAUUGACCGAAUGCAAUUCAAAAUCAGAUCCAUUGGGUGGGGAGAAGAGUUUUCUUUGUCCAAACACCCUCAGGGCACCGAGGUCAAAGCCAUCACUUACUCAGCAAUGCAGAUCUGUGAGGAUGAAAAACCAGAAGUCUUUGUCAUCAUUGAUAUUUAAUGCAAGAAAAGCAUUGUGGAGUGGACACUUGUCAGUGGUUUUCCCUUGUAAUCCCUGUGGAAUUGGCCAGCUCAGGUCAUAAAUUGAAGGGAGUGAUUGCUGGGAGUGCCAGCCUGUGCUUUGACUUGAAGAUGAUGAGACACACAAAUCCCUGUGUGCCAGAAGGGAAUAAAAUGGGGAAAGUUGGGGUUUUGAGGGGGUUGUUAAGAAGAAAGAGAGUUGUAAGGGCUGAAAGUGCCUCAGGAAUGUUAGGAGUCAGCUGUUAAGGCUGCUAGGUGCUGUGUGAACUGAGCAGAGAAAAUGAGUGGAGCUGCUAGCUAAAAUCUUGCCCCUUUUUAGGGUGCCAGGAGAUGAUCUUCUGUGUGGUUUCCUUCCCAGGUUUAAGUGUUGUGACUGUGAGGUGACUUAUGACAUAAAGGCUCCCAAAUAGCUGCUGUGGGUCAGGUUUCAUGUAGAAAACCCUGUUCAAAGCCCACCCGAGGGAGUUUGCCACUUAAAAACCAAACCACCACACCCUGCAGACCACUUAAAAGAGUGAUGCCAGCAGGUGGUGCUGAAUCGUUCUGAACCCAUUUCCACGUGGAGUCCUGAAGCCUGUCACUGUGUCCGUGGAACCCCAGCAGCACCUGCAGAGAGUGGUUUGGGUUGAAAGGGAUCUCCAAAGCUCGUCCACUCCAACCCCCUGCACUCAGCAGGGACAUCCUCUGCUAGAGCAGGUUGCUCACAGCCUUGUCCAGCAUCACCUUGAAGAUCUCCAGGGAUGAGGCCUCAGCUGCCUCCCAGGGCAACCUGCUGCAGUGUUCCAGCAGCCUCCUGCUGCAGAACUUGUUCCUCACAGCCAAUCUCCAUCUGCUCUGCUCUCAUUUCAAACCACUGCCCUCAUCCUGUCCCUGCAGGCCUUUGGGCACAGUCCCUCUGCAGCCUGCUUGUAGCCACCCUCAAGCACUGGCAGCCUGCUCUAAGGUCUCCUCAGAGCCUUAGGUUGGAAGUCACCUUUCAAGGUGAUGUAGUCCAAGCUUCUCAGUGUAGUGAGCAGGAACAUGUUCAGCUAGAGAAGGUUGCUCAGAACCCCCAAACAACCUGAGCUGGAAUGGGAUGGUGAGAGAACAAAAUACUGCACCAGCAACAUGUUGAGGAAGAGGUUUUUGAGCAGGAGCUGAGGUGAGCUCCUUCUCACCCAUCCAGCUGGCCCAGGUGACUCCUGUCGAAGCAGGGAGGUGACUGCUGAGCCUUAGGUUGGAAGACACCUUUCAAGCAGAUCUAAAUGUGCUCUGCUCAUUCUGGCCCUGCAGGCCUUUGCAAACAGUCCCUUUCCUGUAGCACCCUUCAGGUACUGGAAGGUUGCUAUUAGGUCUCCCUACAGCCUUCUCCAGACUGAUCAACCCCAACUGGCACCUAGUGCCAUGGUCUGGUUGCUUGGCUAGGGCUGGGUGCUAGGUUGGACUGGAUGAGCUUGGAGGUCUCUUCCAACUUGGUUGAUUCUAUGAACUGCCUCAGCCUGUCCUGGUAGCAGAGGUGCUCCAGCCCUCCUGAGCAUUUCUGUGGCCUCCUCUGGACCUGCUCCAGCAAGCCCAUGUCCUGUCUGUGUUGGGGGCUCCAGAGCUGGAUGCAGUACUCCAGGUGAGGUCUCACCAGAGCAGCACAAUCCCCUCUCCCCAUCUGCUGGCCACACUCCUUUUGAAGCAGCCCAGGAUGCCAUUAGCACUCUAAGAGGUAGGCAGCUCUCUGCAGGUUCACUCCCAAUGAUGUCUUGCAAAAGCUGAUUCUCUUCCAAAGCAGAUGACUGAGAUCAGCUUCUGUGGCUUCCCGUGGAAAGGGUGACACAGACAAUCCUCUCAUGUCAAAAGGAUUAUAAGCUGAAUCAACCUGAAUCAAAACUGAUCAAAAAUGGGGGUGGUUUUAAAUCACAGGGCAGCAAAUGCACAUUAACCUGCCUUUGCUAUUGCAGUGUGAGAGGGGUGCAGAGAGUGAGGGACAGGAGGUGCUUUUCUUACUGGCAAGUGCCUCACCUCUGGAGGUAGUCUCUCAUCUCUCUUUUGUUGUCAUCUUACCUAGCUAAGCUUUUAUUCCAUACUGUAAAGAUGGAGGGAAAGAAUCCCUCUGAUUUUUCACAGAGAGCUGCAGUGCUGAAAUAAAACCUGAGAAGAAUGAACAGAGUUUGUGUGUGAAUAAUAUGGGGCAGGGGAGGUUGUAACAGUGAGGAACAGCAGCUGUGCUUCAGCCUCUGCCAAGGUGAGCAGACCUUGUUGUAAGUGAGCAUGAUGCUGAGGUGAGUGCUUGAUGGCUUUCACAUGCUGGGUUUUCCUCCCUUCUCAGGGACAGCCCCAGGGUUCCAGCACAGGUCCACUACCCUGUGGAGGAAGAGUGAGAAAGGAACAGCUCCAGGAAAGGAACCUGAACCUCAGCACAACAAACUGCCUGCAGCCUGCUGGAGGGGCAGUGCAAGGAGAUGAGAAGCAAACAAAACCAAAGAGGAUUUCUUUCCUUGAGAGAAACCCAAGCAGGAUGGCAAGGUAAAAUGAAGGACGUGGGAAACAGAAGGCACUUAACAUUUAUCUUGUCUUGAGAUACAAAACCAAGGGAACAACAACUGAAAUUAAGGCAACAGAUGUAAAAAAAAAAACA